UCUUGCCUACCUCCUUCCUUUCUUUUCUCUUCUAAAUCAUUCUUGAAACAAAUGCCAAGAAGGACAGAAAAAGGUUUAUGUUCUACUUGUAUAUCAUUAGGCACAACUAUAUUCUUCUUAUGGUUUGUCUUUAGUUCAAAAUCUCCCAAAUGUUCCAUUCAAGAAUUUAAACUUCUUUUACCCUUAAAAUCCAACCAAACAACCACUAAGAUCUCCAUUUCAAGCCCUCUAAACAACACUAUUCACUAUGAUUUAAAGCUCAAAAAUAGAAAUUUCAACAAAGGAAUAUAUUAUGAUGCUCUUAAUCUUACUUUCUUUUAUAAAUCUAAUCUUAAUGGUAUUAAUUUACCCAUUGGAAAUACCACUUUUAGCCCCUUUUAUCAAGGUCGUUCCAAGGCUACACAUCGUUUAGGGAAUAUUACUUCUACUGCUACUACAACGACUUCCAAUGUCGCUUUUAGGGUAGAGAUGGCUACUGCGAUAAGGUGCAAAGGCACAUUGUGGAAGAGUAAACGACAUCGUUUUGUUGUAGGAGUUGACUUCAAAGUCAACGAUGAGGGUGUUUUGGUCAAAGGGAAUGAUAAUAAGGGGAUUGUGCUUAGUUCUAGUUCUAGGAAGAAUGGGAUUGGGAAGGGUGUUUUAGGGGUGAUGGGUAUUUUGGGUAUUUUUUUUAAUUCACACUUGGUGAUUUUGAUUUUAAUCGACUUUUCAUUGAUUGGUGUGUGAGUGUGAUCGGAACAUGAUAUCAUUUGGUAUUUUAGAAAAUUGUUAUUAAACUCGUUUAUAAUGUACUUUAUGGAUGGUUUUUUAUUGCUAUUUGGUGAUUUUAUUUUAGAGCAUAUUUAUUAGCAUUGUUUUUUAAAAUUAUAAAAAAUUGUCACAAAUUGUUGUAUAAGAAUGAAAUGGUUUCAUCAAGAGAUGUGUUUUAUACAUAAAUUAUAAAAAUAUAAAAUACUUUAAAUAGUCUUAUCGAAAAGUUUCUCUCACGAUGAUAACUAAAAAUAUAGCAUUCACAAUGUUGAUAUUUUUUGUUAACCAUUUGAGGAGGGUAUAAUGGUAACCAAAACAUUGCAACUUUAGAAAUGGGUCAUCAAAUG